GCUCUGGUUUUUGCUGUUGAACUGCGGGUGCGGGCUGCAGCGGGAGUGCACUUGGUGACAAGCGGCAGAUACAGAAAAUUCUUGGAAUACAAUGCACAGAAUAUAUUACCAUCAUAUGGAAGGAAAUCCCAUUCUUUUGUGUUGACAGCAAGCAAAACACCUCCUGUAGGUGUUCUCGUGAUCCCCCUGCCCUGCUCCUGCUUUGAGGGAAAAAAGGGGGUUGGUGAAGUAAGAAGAGAUGUUUUAAUGAGUCUGAUUUCCGAACUGUGCAGUUACGUACUUGCAUGUAAUUCAGUGUGAAACUUUAACAGAUUAAGCUGAUGAGGAGAAAGCGUAGUCCUUUUUAUUGAACACUGGUCAAUUUCUGCGGAAAUCCUGUGGGGAUUCUUAAGAACCUGGUGCAGUUGCCAAUCGACAACUUUAUCAUCAUUUACCACUGGACUGAGCUGCCUUGAGAAAUGUGGCUGGAACCUUCAUUCAUUGCAGAGUGGACUAUUCACCAGAGGUAUGAAAAAUGAGUGUGGGGCGCAAAAGGACGAAGCUGGUGGGGAUUUUGAUGAUGGUAAACUUCUUCAUUUAUAUAGUUAUAGAGAUUUCACGCAGUGGCCACCAAGAAAGAAACUCCAGCAAAAAGGUCAUCAUUUCUAACAGUGUCUUUUGGAAGCCAUUGGUUCAUAUUAAGCCGUACUGGAAUCGAGAACAGCACAAGCUGGAUGAGUUAUAUAACCCUGUUACUGCUGCUUUAUAUAACAGAACUGUGAUGGACAACAUAAACAUGACAACAAUGUACACAUGUGAACCUAACUCUCAGUUAAAGGAUGAGAUUAGUAAUUUUGAUUCUUUGCCGGAUCGUUUCAAGGAUUUUCUAACCUACCUACGAUGUAGGAGCUAUCCAUUAAUAAUUGACCAACCAACCAAAUGCCAGAAUAAGCCUGUACUGCUGCUGGCUAUAAAGUCACUGGAAUCACACUUUGAUAGAAGGCAGGCCAUACGUCAGUCUUGGGGUAAAGAAGAAAUUACAGGGAAUAAGACAGUGGCUAGGAUCUUUUUACUGGGAAAGUCAUCUCCGGCAGAUGAUUUUCCUAAUCUCUCAGAUAUGCUAAAAUUUGAGAGUGAACAGCACAAAGAUAUUCUUUUGUGGGAUUACAGGGACACCUUCUUUAAUCUAACUCUGAAAGAAGUGUUAUUUCUGGAAUGGGUAAGCAAAUCAUGCUCUGAUAUUCAAUACAUUUUUAAAGGAGAUGAUGAUGUCUUUGUGAACACUGUGCAGGUUCUGGAAUACUUGAACACUCUGGAUAAGGACAAGGCCAAAGAUCUGUUUAUUGGUGAUGUUAUUACAAAUGCAGGGCCUCAUCGAGAGAAAAAGUUAAAAUACUAUGUUCCGGAGAGUAUAUACGAGGGGGUAUAUCCUCCUUAUGCUGGUGGGGGUGGGUUUUUGUACUCUGGAUACUUGGCAAAGAGACUUUAUAAUGCGUCACAUAAAGUAACACUCUAUCCGAUUGAUGAUGUGUAUACUGGAAUGUGCCUUAAAAAACUUGGCCUUGCUCCAGAAAAGCACAAAGGUUUCAGGACUUUUGAUAUAAUGCAAAAAGAUCGACAUGUUACCUGUGCAUAUAAAAACUUAAUAUUAGUCCACAGCAGAAAUCCUCAAGAAAUGAUAAGAAUCUGGAGCAGGCUGCAGGAUCCUGAGUUGAAAUGUUAACCUAAAAUACUUAAGGAAAAUGGUUGAAAGUUGAGUCCUAUUUCUAUUGGUUGUAAAAGGUUAUCUUUCUUGCACACAUAUUGAUGUUGCAAUGCUAAUAAGCUGUGAGAAAGUGUAUGUUGGAGCCUGUCCCCAGUAACAGAUCUGGGAGAAGCAUAAAGAGUCCAAAGGAUUCUAGGAGUCCCUAGGAGGUGUCAGUUCUAUUGGUCAGAUUUUCUUAUUCAUCCUACUGAACAUACAGAAAUGUCUUGGACUCUGCAAUUUGCACUGUCUCAAAUGUAGCUAUCUUCCAAAAAGGAUGCUUUCCAUUCUUUAUCAAAGGAAAUCCUGGGAGAUGAUAAUGGACCUAAUUCAAAUGAGUUCUGGUAAUCAUGACAACAGAGGGAAUCAGUCAGAAUAUGGUAGGGCAAUAAAAUGUAUUUUAUCUGCAUCAGAGAUUACUGAAUGUUAACCUGCACAGUUUCUGCAGGGAGAAUGAUGCUGUCUCGUCAAAUCAUGUGUACACUGAUAAUUUUAGAGGUUCACUAUCAAUCAUUUGAUUACAUUGUACUGUACAUCAUGAAGGGCAAUAUUUCAUGUCUUCAGAGAAGAAUGUAAGUGGAUUUUGUUAAAUAAAUCUAAUUUGUGAAUGGAAAAUUUAAGCUAUUUAAAUUUUAGAAUGAGUGACAUAAUAAAUCCAGAGAUUAUAUGAAAAUUCUGGGCACACAGCAGAUUAUUUCCACUCUAUUGCUGAACAAUUUCCAGUUUAUGUAAGCAUGUGUGCUUUCUGUGGUUUAUGUGAGAGUGUCUGCUGUUUUAUUUAUUCCGAUCAAAAGACCAAAUUGUUUAUAGUUUCUAUUUUAAAAAACAAUGUCUAUUUGUCUGUAAAGCCUCAAGUGCGACUUGUCUGUGAAUAAACUUGGUUAAUAUCAUCCUUGACAGUGAUUGAAAAUGUAACAAUUUUCUAGUAUGCAUUUCUUUUAAAUGAAAAGGAGGAAGCUCUAACUGUACAUAAAGCAAAAUGUGUGAUAAUUAUUUAACGGCUGCAUAUUUAUCAAUAAAACCAAUUUAUAACUUA